CAGGCACAGAUGUCAUGUGAAAACGCACAUGCUCUGCCAUCCACACCGCCUUUCUUCCUCUUCUUUCUGUUUCCUUUUUUUCCCCUUGCUCCUUCUCCCUCUUCUUUGUAACUAACAAAACCACCACCAACUCCUCCUCCUGCUGCUGCCCUUCCUCCUCCUCCUCAGUCCAAGUGAUCACAAAAGAAACCUUCUGAGCCGGAGGCGGUGGCAUUUUUAAAAAGCAAGUACAUUGGAGAGAAAGAAAAAAAGAAAAACAAAAGCAAAACAAAACCCAGGCACCAGCCAGCCAGCACAUUUUUUUCACCCCUCCUAAAAACAAACAACCAAACAACCAUCAAAACAGUCACCACCACCAUCAUCAAAACUGUUAACAUAGCAGCGGCGGCAGCAAACGUCACCCUCCGGCCACGGCGUCCACCUAAAGGGAUGGUUUUCUCAGCAGAGCAGCUCUUCGCCGACUACCUUCCUCACUCGUGCUGAGCGGGAUUUUUGGGCUCUCCGGGGUUCGGGCUGGGAGCAGCUUCAUGACUACGCGGAGCGGGAGAGCGGCUACACCAUGCGAGCACAAAUUGAAGUGAUACCAUGCAAAAUUUGUGGCGAUAAAUCCUCUGGGAUCCACUACGGAGUCAUCACGUGUGAAGGCUGCAAGGGAUUCUUUAGAAGGAGCCAGCAGAACAAUGCCUCUUACUCCUGCCCGAGGCAGAGAAACUGUUUAAUUGACAGAACCAACAGAAACCGUUGCCAACACUGCCGACUGCAGAAGUGUCUUGCCCUAGGAAUGUCGAGAGAUGCUGUGAAGUUCGGGAGGAUGUCCAAGAAGCAGAGGGACAGCCUGUAUGCGGAGGUGCAGAAGCACCAGCAGCGGCUGCAAGAGCAGCGGCAGCAGCAGAGCGGGGAGGCGGAGGCCCUCGCCAGGGUGUACAGCAGCGGCGUCAGCAACGGCCUCAGCAGCCUGAACAGCGAGGCCAGUGGCACGUACGCCAACGGACACGUCAUGGACCUGCCCAAGUCCGAGGGUUAUUACAGCGUGGAUUCCGGCCAGCCGUCCCCUGAUCAGUCAGGACUUGACAUGACUGGAAUCAAACAGAUAAAGCAAGAACCCAUCUAUGACCUCACAUCCGUACCCAACUUGUUUACCUAUAGUUCUUUCAACAACGGGCAGUUAGCACCGGGGAUAACGAUGACUGAAAUCGAUCGAAUUGCACAGAACAUCAUUAAGUCCCAUCUGGAGACAUGUCAAUACACCAUGGAGGAGCUACACCAGCUGGCGUGGCAGAUCCACACGUAUGAAGAAAUUAAAGCGUAUCAAAGCAAGUCCAGGGAAGCACUGUGGCAGCAAUGUGCCAUCCAGAUCACUCACGCCAUCCAAUAUGUGGUAGAGUUUGCAAAGCGAAUAACAGGCUUCAUGGAACUCUGUCAAAAUGAUCAAAUCCUACUUCUGAAGUCAGGUUGCUUGGAAGUGGUUUUAGUGAGAAUGUGCCGUGCCUUCAACCCAUUAAACAACACUGUUCUGUUUGAAGGAAAAUAUGGAGGAAUGCAAAUGUUCAAGGCCUUAGGUUCUGAUGACCUAGUGAAUGAAGCAUUUGACUUUGCAAAGAAUUUGUGUUCCUUGCAGCUGACUGAAGAAGAGAUUGCUUUGUUCUCAUCUGCUGUUCUGAUAUCUCCAGACCGAGCCUGGCUGAUAGAACCAAGGAAGGUCCAGAAGCUUCAGGAAAAAAUUUAUUUUGCACUUCAACAUGUGAUUCAGAAGAAUCACCUGGAUGAUGAGACCUUGGCAAAGUUAAUAGCCAAGAUACCAACCAUCACGGCAGUUUGCAACUUGCACGGGGAGAAGCUGCAGGUAUUUAAGCAAUCGCAUCCAGACAUAGUGAAUACACUCUUUCCUCCGUUAUACAAGGAGCUCUUUAAUCCUGACUGUGCCACCGUCUGCAAGUGAAGGUGACGAGUGAACUGUCUCAUAGUCAUGGAAUGCAGCACCAUUAAGACAAAAGCAAUGUGUUCAUGAAGACUUAAGGAAAAUGUCACUACUGCAACAUUAGGAAUGUCCUGCACUUAAUACAAUUAUUUUUCACCGCUACAGUUUGAAGAAUGUAAAUAUGCACCUGAGUGGGGCUCUUUUAUUUGUUUGUUUGUUUUUGAAAUGACCAUAAAUAUAUAAAUAUAGGACACUGGGUGUUAUCUUUUUUUUAAUUUUAUUCAGGUAUGUUUGGGGAGACAACUGUUUAUAGAAUUUUAUUGUAGAUAUAUACGAGAACAGAGCAGUACUUUACAUGAUUACUUUUCCUGUUGAUUGUUCAAAUAUAAUUUAAGAAAAUUCCACUUAAUAGGCUUAACGAUUUCUAUGUUUUUAGAUAGUUGAUGCAUGUAUAAAUUUGUAGCUGUCUUGGAAAGCACUGUGCAUGUAUGUAAUGAGUAUAUAAUAUCUGAGAAUAUUAUAUAUGACUAUUACUUAUACAUGCACAUGCACUGUGGCUUAAAAUACCAUACCUACUAGCAAAGGAGGUUCAGUCAGGCACUAUUAUGUUAUUUACCUUCUGUGUUAUAUGUUACCUUUAUGUUAGACAAUCAGGAUUUUGUUUUCCCAGCCAGAGUUUUCAUCUAUAGUUAAUAGCAGAAUGGUACCAAUUCAGAAACGUCUACAAAAGAAUAAAUAUAAUGCACGACCUCUGUAUAAAAACUCUGUUUCGAUCAA